AUGUCUAAUCAGAUAGAAGCAAUAGUUGUUGAUGUGGGUUCAGAAUGGAGAACAUUUAGCAACGAGAAAGAUUCCAAAGAUGCUUCUCGUGUUGGUGGACCAGAGAACACAUUGCUAGGAGGCAGUGAUCUCUUUACAGAAAUUACCUACACAGGAGGAGAGGCCAGUGUUGACGACCAGGGGAGACCCACUUACAAAAACAGAAAAACGAUGAGCAGCUCCGAUAGAACUUUACUGAAUUCCUUUAGAGAGAUUUCCCAGAUGGCAGACAGGUUAAAUCUGCCAAGGAUGAUAGUAGACAGAGCUAACACACUGUUCAAGCAAGUUCAUGACAGUAAAUCACUGAAGGGGAAAAGUAAUGAUGCCAUUUCCUCUGCAUGUCUGUACAUUGCCUGUAGACAGGAAGGUGUACCCCGCACUUUCAAAGAAAUAUGCGCUGUUUCUAAAAUCUCUAAGAAAGAAAUCGGGAGAACAUUCAAAGCAAUUGUGAAGAAUCUGGAGACAGAUGUUUCCACCAUAACCUCUGGGGAUUUUAUGUCCCGUUUUUGUUCCAAUCUUGGUUUACCAAGUUCAGUCCAGAAGGCAGCCACAUAUAUAGCUAAGAAAGCAGUGGAGCUGGAUUUGGUGUCAGGGCGAAGUCCAAUCUCUAUAGCUGCUGCUGCCAUCUAUAUGGCCUCACAAGCAUCAGAGGACAAGAAAAGCCAAAAAGAAAUUGGAGACAUUGCCGGUGUUGCCGAGGUGACAAUCAGGCAAUCUUACAAGUUAAUGUAUCCUAAGGCAGUGCAGCUGUUCCCAGAGGAUUACAAGUUUGCCACUUCAAUCGAUCAAUUACCUGCUCAAUAGACUUUCAUCUGAAAUACAUUUGUACUUGUAACUGUUUUCACUCUGGGAAUCUGUGUUAAUGAAUUUUGAUUAAUUUUUUUUUUUUUGUAUGAUAAUGUCAUAAAACUUAUUGGACGCACCCUAUGCUUACGAUCUGACCCAUGUCAUUUUUCUUUGUUUUAAAACCUCUAUAUGGUCUUUCAGUUAUAUCUAUAUCUUCUGACUUCACUGGUUGAAAUGGGUGCCUAACUAUACUAUCGUCUACCAGCACAGUAAGACGACUUUCCUUGUUUGUCAUGAUUGACAUCAUGCAAUCUCUUACCUCCUAAUAUAGAGCUAACUGUUACCUAGCUGUGUUGAUUUAUAUACACAAGUCAUCAAAUAUUCCAGUGUGAGUGUGCAUUAAAUAAUAAUAAUAAUUAUUUUUUUAUUUUUGCACAUGUAAACUUCUAAAUGUUUGUAAGAUGGCAUAUAACAAAUUGAAACAGUUUGUUUAAGCAGCCUGGUAGAUAUUUCGUAAAAAAAACAUAGCGCUUUAUAGGAAAAACAUGGUAAGACCAGCUGUUGUACAUAUCAAUGUAUAGUGGGGAUUAAGGUUUGGUUAUUUUUAUUGCAUGAACAAAAUGCCUGUUAUCAAUAUCGCACCCUGUAUGUGUACCCUGUGUGACAGGAAUGGUAGUCCUAGAAAUGGAAAUCCGGGGUCCCAUAUGAUAAAUAUUGGUUAGUGUCAGUCGGAGCAUUGGGGUUAGUAUAUGGGACCUGUACAAAGUAAUGGGAAGUGGACUGCGGUUCCAAGCAUUCUACCAUUCCUGUUGACACCUGCAUCCAGCUUAUGUUGAGGGUUUGUAAUUUGCACAGUUCUUUUGAAUCAAAUUAGGUAAAGGGUAGACGUUUCAGCAGACUGAAUUUCUUACCUUUUAUUAAAAUCAUCUGCUAGAAUCUGGAGUUCAGGGAUAUCGGAUAGCUUAAAACAAAAAGAGACUGUAAGAUGAGAAUCGGAAACCAAAAUGCUUUUCAUCUGAGGCACAUAUUGUAUUGCAUUUCAAGCACAUAUGCAUUUCAAUCCUUUUUUGCAUCAACCGUGAACACAAUUAGUUGGAGUGCUCAUCAUUGUGUCAUGGUCCCUAGUGCGCCAAUAAAUAGGACAAAGACAAUUAUGACCUUUUUAAAAACCGGAAUUUAUAAGUCAAAGUGAUUUCAUGAAAUCUGCGUCGGGUGUCAGUUUCUUCACCAUUUGCCGAAAGGCUUGAAAACGAUGGAUUCCGCUAUUUAUCGUAAUGCAAAUUUGUUGUCAGGAGUGGUGAUAUUAAACUAUUUCUAUUUUACCAAAGAGUAAUAAACGUUUUGGAAGUCUUGGUUAAGAAGUCUCGUCUAAAAGCUUGACAGACACAUUCUAAGUGAGGGUGCCAUGAACAAAAUGAAAAUGAGAUUCUCACGCGGGAUGAAUACACUGCGAUAACGACACGACUUAUUUAUUCGGAGAAAUGGAUUUUUUACUUUAUUAUACAAUAUAAUAGGAAAUAUUAUCCGCACGUUUUUAUAUCGUGCUCCAACAGUAGAAAUUUGUAUGCAUUUGUUAUACAGCAUAGUCUUUCUAUAAGCGUUUGCUGAAAUAAAACGGUGAAUAUGAU